UGCGUCUCACGAACGAGCGUAGCUGGGCAAAGAUGGCGGCGGGCUCCGAUUUGCUGGAUGAUGUUUUCUUCAACACAGAGGUGGACGAAAAAGUAGUUAGUGAUCUAGUCGGAUCUCUGGAGUCUGAGCUAACAGAAGCAGGUCGUGUCAACACAACGGCCAGGGUCCAGUCUGCAGCAAAUCAUACUGGCAACUUAGCUGAAGGUAGUAAUUCCAAUGUUCAGGGCAGCAAAAUUGGACUUUCACAACAAGAGCUUGCUAAAGCAGGGACAGGAGUGCAAGGAGGUGUCAUUAACAGUACGGGGUCCCACGGUUCAAGCAUGGAUGGAGCAGCCGGGACCACAUCGGCGGCGGGACCGAGCUUGACAGCCGCUCAGAGUCAGUCCAAGCCGGGGACAGUUAGCGGAGUCGUUACGAUAGUAUCAGAUGCAACAUCUGGUGUCGGAAAACCUGGGACUACUGGUGUUCAAACUUUGAAUGGAAGUGCCGUGGUGAUGAACUGUCACAUCCCCGGAGUUGCGUCUGCUGACGGCAGCAACAACUCACAGCCCGCCGUCACGCAUGUCAACAACGGACCUGUUUCUGUGAGCAAAGCAGGCGCAGCGGUUUCGUCUGCAGCCCCGUGUACUAUCAUUAGAACUUCUUCGGCUGUGAUUUCGUCUCAGCCCUCUGUGAAAACUGUUCCCACAGUCACGCUUGUGAGGCCACCUAUGCAAAGUCCCACUAACGCCUCACAAAGCAACUUAACGGCAGUUUUAACAUCACCCGCCGUCAGUGUUAGCAGCACGGCGGACUCUCAUGUCAACAAAUUCGACUCCACAAAAACUAUAAUUCAGACUAGUGGACACGUCGUGGCUACAACUGUUGCGACAGGGACAACAGCGACCAUGAGGAGCCCGACUGUUCUGCAAAACUUGAGGACCUCAGUGCCGUCAGCAAUUGCUGCGACUCCUGCAGGUGGAAUACGAGCCAUUGCUCCACAGGUGUUGGCCCCUCGACUCACUCAGCCUCAACAAAACGCCCCAAAUAUCCAAAACAUUCAGCUCCCUCCAGGCAUGGUUUUGGUUCGCAGUGAGAGUGGGCAGCUGCUGAUGAUUCACCAGCAGACCUUGGCUCAGAUGCAGGCCCAGUCACAGUCCCAGAGCGCCAUGACACCACGACCUGCAGCCCCUACCGGCACUCCACCUGUCCAGAUUACUUCUCUACAGGCUCCAGGAGCGUCACUGUUGGCUCGUCCGGUUACCCCCACCACCAUUAUUAAACAAGGUUCAACAGUCCAGACCACUGUGACGGCCACCACCACACUGCAGAGGCCCCCUGUGCUGCAGAACACCAUCAUGCUUGGAGGUACUGCCACCACCCCGGGACAGCCGCUAGGAACGCCCACCACAGUGCAGCCUGGAUCUGCAGCCACGGCAGUUACACAGAGGGUGGGGCCACUUGGGGCCACUGGAACCGCUGUCACUCCAACAGCUAUCAGUGCUGAGACGCUGGAGAUUGUGAAAAAGUGUAGAAACUUUCUGUCGACUCUGAUCAAGCUGGCAUCCAGUGGAAAGCAGUCCUCCGAGUCUAUAGCCAAUGUGAAGGAGCUGGUCAAGAACCUGCUGGAAGGGAAGAUUGAGCCGGAAGAUUUCACCAGUAGGUUAUACCGGGAGCUCAACUCCUCACCACAGCCAUACCUUGUGCCUUUCCUGAAGAGAAGUCUCCCAGCAUUGCGACAGCUGACCCCGGACCCAGAGGCCUUCAUCCAGCAGAGCCUGCUGCCUCAGCCCAGCACUCAGCCUGCUUCCUCAGCCUCCACGGCCCUCACCGCUGUGGUGCUGCGACCUCCUCUCUCCACCACCGCCACUACAGCCACCAGCACUGCAACGCCUAAAACCACAGUCAUCAGCCUCACUCACACACCUCACAGUAAACCUGGACUGAUAGUGCCCCAGCAACAAGGGACGAUGGUGAGGCCACAGGUGACGCUGGCUCAGUCUCCCAUGGUAACACUCAGAGGACAAUCUCAUAGCCGCAUCAUUGUGGGUCAGCUACAGACAGCAGUGAAGCAAACGUUGGUUCCAGGGGCCAAAGGAGUACAAGUAGUCAGUCAGGCCCCUCUCACUCCUGCUCAGAAGAACAAGCUGAAGGAAGCAGGAGGGGGAACCUUCAGGGAUGAUGAUGACAUCAAUGAUGUGGCCUCCAUGGCAGGAGUCAACUUGUCAGAGGAGAGCGCCCGUAUCUUAGCAACCAACUCUGAGCUUGUUGGCGCAGUGACUCGCUCCUGUAAGGAUGAGACCUUCGUCUCCACCUCUUUGCUCACCCGGAGAGCUCUGGAGAUUGGUAAGAAGUUUGGUGUCAGCGAGUUGGGCACAGACGUGAUCAAUUACAUUUCCCACGCUACACAGCAGCGACUACAAAACCUGCUGGAAAAGGUGUCACAAGUGGCGCAGCAGAAGAACAUAACAUUCAAGGAGGAAGAGCGGUAUGAGCAGGUCAGCGAUGUGCGAGCCCAGCUUAAGUUCUUCGAGCAGCUGGAUCAGAUGGAAAAGCAAAGGAAGGAAGAGCAGGAGAGAGAGAUUCUCUUGAAGGCUGCCAAGUCUCGGUCACGGCAAGAGGACCCUGAGCAGCUCAGACUUAAACAGAAGGCCAAAGAGAUGCAGCAGCAGGAGCUGGCUCAGAUCAGGCAGAGAGAGGCCAAUCUAACGGCGCUGGCAGCAAUCGGCCCGAGGAAAAAACGGAAAAUGGAUUCUCCUGUUCGGGGGACCAGUGCAGAGGGCUCAGGGCCAGGGCCCUCCCAGCCUGGAGGCUCCAGUGGAACAGGCUCCAGACAGUUUAUGCGACAGCGCAUCACCAGAGUCAACCUCAGGGACCUGCUCUUCUGCCUGGAGAAUGAAAGAGGGACCAGUCAUUCACACCUGCUCUAUAAAGGCUUCCUCAAAUAGCACCCGCAUUAAAAUGACUAGCCUCGCUCAGCGGCAGUAAGGAAGCAGAGUUAACUGUCAGCUCAGACCCUUUCUGCCUGUACUUGCUUUGAUCGCACACUGCUGACUGACGUCUGUCUGUGGGAAGAAAAUGAUCUGGAAUGCUUUAGAGACACUGGCUUUUAAAAGCCUCUUUAAGCACAGGCCUUUGUGUAUUUUCAGUGCAGAGGUGGAGCAAACAUUGGAACUCGGCCCUGAUAUCAGCGUGCCUCUCAGCUCAGUUUACUCUUUAGAGACCAGUUGCACCCAACCACACUUUUCUCAUGCACUGCCUCAUGCUGCACACAGGAAAAAAAUGUCUUUGACUGAACUGAACACUUCAGAAAAACCUUUUCAGGGUCAUUUCACUGGCAUUUGUGUUGUAGCAGCAAAUCUCUGGUUCCAUUUUAGAUUAAUGUGCAACAUUCAGGCACAUUAUACUGCAGUAAUGUUAUUUUCUUGACCAUUAACGUGAACACUCUGCUUAUGUAAGUUCUUAACAGAGAUUUUAAUUUAUCACACAUUUAUACUAUAUUUUAGCACAGUAUUUAAUGCCUGUGGAUUGUUUUACAGAGACUAAUAUUGACUAGUCUUGUCAGUUGCCUUCUUACCAGAUUAAGCCAUAUGGAUUAGAAUGAGUUGAGCAGCAUCAGUAACUUCAUCUAUCCAACAGUUCUUUCCAGAUUUGUAGGAUGUGUGCUUUCUUUGUCUGUCUUAUGUCUUUGCUCGAUUGGGUACAAAAAGUAUUUAUACGUCAUGCGUUGUGCAUGAUAUUAUCACAGGUGUCUGUAUUUGAAGUCUUGUCACGUUUUCACUGUAAGAGUUAAAAAGUGAAAAUUCCACUUUUUAUUCAGAGUCUAGCACAUUUACUACAUAGACUACACCGACAUGCAUCUUUUCUAAAGCACACCAUAUUUGUUAUAAUUAUUUCCCACCAACCCCAGCAGUCAGCAGUUUUCAUAAAUUUUUUGAGUGAUGAUAUGAAAUUCAACUUAAAGAACUGAACCUUCUAUUACGGUGAACAUCCUUUCCAAAGUACUUGUUGUUUGCCACUUAAUGGUUUGCACAUUGAUUUGGUCUGCAGAUUAUCCGGUUUGUUAAAUGUACUGGUGGCAAGCUCAUUGUCUGCUGAUUUAGAAGAUCCAAGAAUAUGAAACCUUUACAUUAUGAAAGUAAUAAUGUGUCUUUGGCUCUGUGUUUCUUGAAUAAUGUUACCAAGAAGCAGAGCUUUCCAUAUUAAUUCCCUACCUUUCAUAAAUGUCACCCAAAGAGCUACUGCUACUUUUCAAAUAAGAUUAUCUUAAAAUCUUUUUGGAAGGAUGUUUACUGUGAUGGGUUGCCAUCUCAAGCACAUUUUUGUCUUUGGUUUUUGUACUUUAGUAAAAAAAAAAGAAAAAAAAAAAAGAUUCUAUUUAGGUGGCUGCCUGAUGUUAACUUUAAAAAAUCCAAACUAGUAUAGUAUACUUUGGAAACGAAGUGGUUGUUGGUAAUGUGAGGCAUCCAGGGUCUGUAACUCGUGCUAUAAUGAGAAAAACAUUUGGGGGACUUUAGAGAAAUCAAUCCCAACAAUGUAAUGGAUUGCAUUCAUUUAAGUGGAUCUAACAUUUGUCAAUAAGUUGUAUGUCUGCAUUUUUAUAUUUAUGAAUGAUGAAGGUAGUGUUGGUAAACGUGGCCAUGAAAUGCAGAACGAGGACGGCACUAUGACAGAUCAGUUUUCUAAAACGAGUCAAUCUGGUGAACAUACCCACUUUAUAACUUUUUAUAUUUUUAGUGCACAUACUAAUUUUGAUCUUUAUACCUUCUGUCAUUUUAUCAAAGAAUGUUUAUUGGCAAAUUUUACUACUGUACAUACUUAGGUUUGCUAUUUGUAGAUUUAUCAGUUGACUUCUAAUUUGGCAAGUUUGCCUUAUUUUCCACAUAUAUCGAUGUGUGUGAAAUAAGACAAAUACACAAUGCUUUCUUGCCAAUAUCUUGUACAUUUUGCACAGCCACUUGUUUAUAUGUAAAUAUCUGAAUUUUAAAAAGAAAGUUUUUAAUUGCUAUUUUACAAUGGAUUGAGAGAGAAUGUUCUCUAUUAAAACAAAAAACAACAACAA